AUGUCAUCAGCAGAGAACGGCAACAUCUCACAAGGCGAGGGUAAGGACCCGUCCAGCUUCCUGAGCGACAUCAUCGGCAAUCCCGUCAUCGUGAAGCUCAACUCUGGCGUCGUCUACAAGGGCGAACUGCAAUCCGUAGACGGAUACAUGAACAUUGCGCUGGAAAAGACGGAGGAGUAUGUCAACGGCAAGAAGCGCAGGGACUAUGGCGAUGCGUUUGUGCGAGGAAAUAAUGUAAUGUACAUUUCGGCAGAUUCAUAA